AUGAUACCAUCCGUUAAGAAUGCUGUGGAUCCAUUCUCUGAGUUAGAUAUGAUUAAGAUGACAGAGAGACUACUUAAACUUGGCUGUCCCAAACCACUUGAUUUGGUUGUGUCUCUUCUACCUGAGUUUCCAUUCGUUCCUGAAUCUAAUGGGAGAGUCAGUGUUCCGCUACAGAUGUUCAGGAUAUGGGCCUUCCUGGGUAUGAUGGUUCAGCCUCCCCUAUCCAUUAUAUCAAAGUUAGUGAAAGCGAAGGUCGGGUCGAGAUGGGGCAACAUAAUAGUAUGGAGCUCCCUUAUAUUGGGACAACCGCUGGCUAUCAUGAUGUACUACCACGAUUAUGCGCUAGAGCAUUUUAACACCUAA